AGGACAUCUUUCCUCGAGUCAGGCCGGGUGUUUCCCCUGGACCCCUUACCGGGAGGGAGCCCCAAGAAGAAGCCGCGGGAGGCUCCUCUGAAUAACUUAGCGAGAGGAUACUCUGGGCGAGGCACAAACACGGCAUAAAAAAGCAAAAUUACCAAGCCUGUAUCAUAUUACAAGACAUGUUUGGGCAUACAGUAGCGGCUUAAAAACACGUUGGGCAGAGUCCUCUUCCACAUUUUUGCGGUGUCAGGAUGGCGGGAGUUGUCGUUUUCACUUGUUUCACGGGCAGAAAUGUAUCGGCAAUUGAUCUGUUCGGAUCCUCACUCUUGAGGGUUACCGGUAUUUUUUUAGGCACACUGAAUACUGAUAUUAUUAGAGAUCUCGCCGAGAUGACCUUGUGGAUUCAUCAAUCAAUCGCAUGCAAAGCUCUGUCGUUUCACCUUAUCGAUAACCAACCAAACUCCGGCGGGCCCGUUAACUGGCUGAACCAGCUUUCAAACGGUGGCCGGGGGACGAUCGGUGAAUCGCCCUUUUACCGAUGGUUGAAAUUUGAGGUCAGCCCAUCCACCUACCCCUUGCGGUCCCCGCGAGCGGAGUCCUUGCGAAAUGUCAAACGUGUGUAAUAUCAUAGGAGAAAAGAUUGCCUUGCAACUUACCCUAUGUGCUCGAGUACUCGAGUACCGGUACUUGCACGAGCGUAGCGCGGUAUGAUACGUGCAGUUGCAGUCGGGUAACCCUAAGCCUCCGCUCUGCGGUAGGCUGCGGUACCGGCAUUCUCCACACUCCAUACAAAGAAAUGUUCCUUCGCAUUACAUGGUGGAUGUUCUGGGCGGAGAGAAAUACCGUAACCGCCUUCCAAUUUUCAACACCCUUAUAAUACUUUGCACUUGCCGCCCGCGACUUCGCGCACGCUUCUACCUGUAUUUCCCCUGGACUCUAAUCGACACUCAUCAACAACCAAUUUCCCUCCACCCCCCACUGAGCUGGGCCCCAGACUUUGAAGGUCGCAAAGUACAGCCUUACACUCUUGCUACAGAAUGACCUCCGAUCAGCAUCACGAGUCAGCGCUUUCCGUACACGACGACCCGGCUGGUCACCCUGCACCGGCAAGCGUAUCGUUACCCUAUUCGAACAACAGCGAGAAUGGAGAUACGCCACUACUCCCCCCGGGAUCCCAAUCCCCAGCCGAGCAGGAGAAGCUUCGAAAGAUGGAGGAAAUUCUGCACUCGGACGCAAGUGCUUCCCCGCACAGAUUCUCCCUCAGGAGCUAAUCAGAUGACAGAUUGGGGUCUCAUCGCUUCUCGGUAGAUUAAAGCAGAGCAUUGCGGCUUGUAGGGUAAGGCUCUCGGCUCCUAUGCGCAUAGCACCUAUCUAACUAUGGUUCUAGGAUUUCGCACUAUUUCUCAAGAGGCGGGCAAGUUUGGAGGAAGAGCACGCGCAGGGUUGAUAGCCCCCCCCCCCCCCCACCACACACACUUUUUUUUUUUUUAGCACGCCGAUUGAUCCAACAGUUCACAGGUCUCAGAAAGAUAUGCCGAAUGACCCAUGAGAGCAUCAGACGACCCGAAAGCCGACAGGGAACCUACGCGCGCUCGUUCGAAGAGACGACACAAAUCCAUGAACGUAUCGCCGAGAAUGGUAUACAGUUUUCUCUUGCCCUCCACCAGAUGCAUGAGGACCUCACGGAUCUGUCCAACAACAUGGAGAGAGGCAGAAAGCACUGGAAACAGAUUGGGUUGACAGUUGAAAAGAAGCUCCAUGAAGCUGAAUUGCUCGUAGACAAGGUUCGUCCCCCGAAAUUGGCCACUCCGAUUUUGUUGCUCACCUCACAGGCCAAGAUCAAGUACGAGACUGCCGCGGAAGAGUGGGACCGCGCUCGAUCCGGCGAUCGCCGUUCCGGAAAGACUCCAUUCAGUUUGAGGGGUACCAGGAAUGGACCGCGACAUGAGGAGGAUCUCCAGCGCAAGGUUGCAUCUGCGGAUAGUGAUUAUCAUAAUAGAAUUCAACUUGCCAAUACGCAUAGGCACGAAGCCGUAAAUUCUCUUCGUCCACAGGCUGUACGAGCCUUGCGCGCGAUGGUCACAGAGUGUGACGCUGGUUUGACUGUUCAACUUCAGCGAUUCGGUAUAUAUCUCUGCGGCGUUGGAGUUGUGAUAGAGUUCGUGUGCUGACUAUGCUUAGCUCAAUUCAAUGAGAAGCUUCUCCUUCACAAUGGCCUUAGUGUGAGUCCCAUCAAAAUGGGCGAUACGGAUUCAAGUGGCGCUCAAAGCAUGCGCGAUGUCAUCAACAUGAUCAACAAUGACAAGGACUUUGAGAGUUUCGUCCUGGACCUGGCGAACAAAGUUCCCACUCAGGCCAGGAAUCAAGAAGUUAGAUAUGAGCGACAUCCAGUAUGAAUGCUCCUCCCAGAGAUUGCCUCGUCGACUAACCAUGGCGAGCAGAGUCUAAGCCAGCAAACACCUGGCGUGCCAAUACCAUCCAACGCCUCCACCAUUCCUGUGCAGCCUCAGAACCAUCAGGCCAACCAACCUCAAGGUAUGCAUGGGCACCAGCCAGAUCGCCGUGACAUGAUGGGCCAAGGACAGGGCUUACAACAACAAUCCCCAGGAUUCGGAGCCGUCGUUCAACAAGCAGCAAUCCUACCCACCCAGCACCCGAUGCCCAAUGCAGAAUAUUCCCCCUCUCAGUACGGCAUGGAUUACCCCCGCCUCAAGCCGGUUUUCGGAAUUCCACUCGAUGCGCUUCUCACCCGCGAUGAAUCCAUUGUCCCGAUUGUAGUGCUGCAAUGUGUCCAGGCCGUGGACCUUUAUGGGCUGGAUGUUGAAGGAAUCUACAGAGUUUCCGGUGAAAGAAAGCAUGUUGAACGGAUAAAACAGAUUUUUGAUAAUGGUACGGUUGCUUGUGAGGCGAGACAUACGCGACGCUAACAUUACGGAUAGACUCUUCAACCUUGGACUUUAGAAAACGGGAAGAUUUUUUCUACGAUGUCAACAGUGUUGCAAGCAUUCUAAAGCAGUUUUUCCGUGACCUACCAGAGCCUCUCCUCACGAACGCCUUGUAUCAAGACUUUAUCAAAGCUUCACGUAGGUCGCCCCUGGCUUUUCAACGUUCAGGCUGAUUGCGCUCUGGAUUGAAGACACUUCUACUAAUACAAUUGACAGGCAUUGAUGAUGAGACCCUCCGUCGAGACUCUUUACACGAAUUGAUCAACAAACUCCCGGACCCUAAUUACGCCACCUUGCGAAUCUUGAUCCUGGUGGGUUAAUGUUGAACCCGAGGAUAUCGUUUGGGUCAGUUUCUGAUACGCAUAUAUAGCACUUGCACAGGAUCCAGGCAAACUCGAAUAUCAACCGAAUGAGCACAAACAACCUUGCCAUCUGCUUCGGGUAUGCUGCGGUCCUUUGUAUACUCGGGGGUGGAUUAUGGCAGCUGACAAAUUACAGACCGACCCUGAUGGGUUCUAAUUCCUCCCCUAAUAUCGCGGACGCCACCUGGCAGGUUCGUGUCAUUGAUACCAUCUUACAACACUGCUUCUCAAUCUUUGUAAGUUUUCGUACUCUCUGCCCUUCCAUGAAUAUUGCUAACAUACUGUCCUAGGACGAUGACUGAGUACCGAGUCACUAGACUUGAUUGUUCACGCUUCUAUACCCCUCUUGCUUUCCCCACCUUCCGUACCAAUACCUCAAAGAUACCCAUUACCCAGAACUUGUACCACUUUGCAUCUAUUUCCUAUGUUUAACCUACGAUACUGUAGCCCUGUCCAAUUUAGUUCUUAACUUCACCCAUCGAGGAUAAUCCUGAGCCCCCAUACAGAUAGAUAGCUAUCACACUCCUUGUGUAAAUUGAAGAGCAUUUGUGCGGUAGCUCAUUGCACCCGAGCCUGCUGCGCCCAGCACAUGACAUUUCUUAUAAUUUACAACAUGCUGCCUUACAGAUAUUUGCAGUUUGAUGGUGCAGUGUUAAUGUCGUCCUGAAAUGCGCUGGCAUCGUACAGCAGUCACUCGCAUCGCAUGGCUCACCUACAACGAGGAAGGCGGAAGGCACCUUCAUACCGACAAGUGCCCUGUGCCCAAGCUCUAUGGCACUGAGUGUGACGGCCGAUGAACUUGAACUCACUGUGCUAUGCUAUUAU